UGCGUGCGUGAGGGGGUGCGUGAGCGUCACGUGCGUGACCGCGGCUCCCGUCGUCCUCUGCGCUUGGCGGCCUCGCGGGGAAGAGAAUGGGGGACGAGGAGGACGGGAAGAAGCCGCGAGUGCUGCAGAUGGUACGGGCAGAUGGGACAGAUAAGAACUGUUUUACGUUUGUGCUCCACAAUGAGGACCACACCCUUGGCAACUCCCUUCGAUACAUGAUCAUGAAAAACCCUGAAGUGGAGUUCUGUGGAUAUAGCAUCACCCAUCCUUCUGAAAGAAAAAUAAACCUCCGCAUCCAGACCAAAGGCCUACCGGCUGUCGAUAUGUUCCAGAAGGGGCUGGAGGAUCUCAUGGGUGUCUGCCAGCAUGUACUCAGCAAAUUUGAGGCAAGCGUGGAAGAGUACAAUGCCCAGAAGGAUGUGAAUAUGGAGGAAGCAUAGUCUUGAGUUCCAAUCUGCUAAUCAGACCUCGCCACAGAACUUAGUAUGCUUUGGUUGUCCUGAUGGAUGGCCUUUGCAGAGUGUGGGACGGGAAGUGUGACCUUGCUCCUGCUUCUUGUUAUCUCAUUGGCAUUUGAUGCCGUUAACCAUGGUAUCCUCCUGGACAGGCUCCAGCAAAUGUGAUUUGGGGCAGCGGUUCCAGCCCUAUGUUCAGGACCAAGUCUGACAUUGGGAGGGUGCGUUUUGAACUGGAAGCUACAGUUAUUGCAGAAUGCUGCAGCAUCACAGUGAGGUGGUAUAUAAAUUUCAUUAAAUAAGUAAAUAAUGGCACCCCGUGACUUAAAUUGGAUUGUCUUGUUGUGGGGAGGUGG